AUGCAGGCAUGCUGCAUACACGCUCACAGCAAGACCUUCGUUCACCAGGUGGCCACGAAGGUUUACCUAGCUCCUGACACGCCGAUCUCACAGUGCUUGCCUUACAGCAUCAAGCAUCAGCACCUCUUCUCCGGCAACGUUCCUCAGCCGGCAGAUUGGCUGCGAGCGUGGCGGGCGUGCCGGACAGCAUCUUCUUUCAAAGGUGCCGUGAAAUUCUAUUCCACGGAAGACUUCGCUGCUGGCAGGAACACGAAGCUUGACAGUGUGAGUCUCAAGAACAUGAUUCUUGUUAUGCACUGGGCUGUCAAGAGUGUUCGCAAGCAGCGUCUCGAACAAGCCACCAGCAUCAGCUUGUCCGUGGACGACCGCAAGGAGUAUCGUUUGGUGAGGUACCGUUGCGAUGUUCCACCGCGCACUGCCAAGCAGUCAGCGGCUCCAGGCUCCCAAGGUCCCCAAGGCUCCCAAGGCUCCCAAGGCUCGGAGGAUGGCCCGCUUGUCGCCGAUGGCUUGCUUGGGGUCUACAAGACAGGUGCCAGUGUUCCUGAAAACACAUUGGAGGAGCACGAUGCGGACAAGAGUCAGGUGAUGGCAGACAGCAUAGGCAUAGUCAUUGACAGGGCCUGUCAGGAUCCGGAAGGCAAAACUGACGAGGAGUCCUGCAGCCGCUUGAAGCUGCACGUGCGGCACUUUGCAGCCGAUCAGUGCACAUCUGCCCGGAAGUGUGGAAGGUUGUUGGUCACUGGCGGCCAGUAUCCUAACCUGGUCUGGGUAAGCCAUGAUCCUGCGCACCAGGUUCGUAUUGCCUACCAGGACCCUCUUCACGCCAUGCCCGAGUUCCAAGACCAGUGGGAGCGUUUGUUUGCUCCCGGCAAGGGCAAGCAUGCGCUUAUCCCGGACAUCCAGAACUCAGAAGUCUGGAAGGCCAGGCUCAUGGCGGCCCAGCAAGAGGUUCUCAGGCUCCAUGGCUCCCAGGCUGGUGUGGAGAAGGUGAUCCGAGCGUUGUCGUUCUCCCAACCUCGGUUUGACUCGUCGGCCACACCAAUGCUGAAGUACUUGUGCAUGAUUCGUGCGAUGGCGGUCUUAUGUGCUAUGCAGGCUGCUGAC